UCCUACCAUCCAUCCCUCCUCAUAUUUUUGUUCCUACAAUCUUGAAUUUCACGAUUCAAAAAUAAAAAACCAAUCCCAUGUUCGAUUUACGUCUUCUUUCUAAAAUUUCUGAAUCGCUCCUCCUUCCACUCUUCUCACGAUCAAAUAGAUUCAAGGGAUGAUUACGUAAAAACAAUUAUCUCAAGCAUGUGAACAGCAGAGUCACUAGUUGAAGAGAAGAACAUGCAUACUAAAGAAUCCAAUGUGCUUGUAUUGGAUGGUGGAUUCAUGACUCCAGAAAUCAAUGCAUUUGGCCAGUCCUUCAGAAAUUAUGACGUUGAAAGUGAGAGGCAAAAGGGUGUGGAGGAAUUUUAUAGGUUGCAACACAUCAACCAGACAUAUGACUUUGUGAAGAGAAUGAGAAAGGAAUAUGAGAAAUUGGACAAAGCUGAAAUGAGCAUAUGGGAGUGUUGUGAACUGCUGAAUGAAGUGGUGGAUGAGAGUGAUCCUGAUCUGGAUGAACCUCAAAUUCAGCAUUUGUUGCAAUCUGCUGAGGCCAUCAGAAAAGACUAUCCUAAUGAAGAUUGGCUGCAUUUGACUGCUUUAAUCCAUGAUCUUGGAAAGAUUCUUCUCCUUCCUAGCUUUGGUGAGCUUCCUCAAUGGGCUGUUGUUGGAGAUACAUUUCCUCUGGGUUGCGCCUUUGAUGAGUCCAAUAUUCACCAUAAGUAUUUCAAGGAGAACCCUGAUUACAAUCGCGCUGCAUAUAAUACCAAGAAUGGAAUCUACACCGAAGGAUGUGGACUAGAAAACGUAGCUAUGUCAUGGGGACAUGAUGAUUAUAUGUAUAUGGUUGCUAAGAAAAAUGACACCACUUUGCCAUCUGCAGGGUUGUUCAUCAUCAGAUAUCACUCUUUCUAUCCUUUGCACAAGGAAGGUGCAUACACUCACUUGAUGAAUGAAGAAGAUGUUGAGAAUUUGAAGUGGCUCAAAGUAUUCAACAAAUAUGAUCUCUACAGCAAGAGCAAAGUUCUAAUUGAUGUUGAGAAAGUUAAGCCAUACUAUGUGUCACUCAUUGAGAAGUAUUUCCCUGCGAAGCUUAAGUGGUGAACCAUUUGAAGUCAAGGGCUUCAGAACAUUGAUUUUUAAUAAUUAUAUAUGGCGAGCGAGUGAUUU